AUGGAUGACGAUGACACCUGGUGGCUAAGCGGGGUUGAUGGGAAUCCACCAUGGCCACUAGCUGCACACGAUCUCGGCACUACAUCGAGUCAAAACUUGACCGAACCACCACCACGCCAUCUUAUUGCCCCCAGUUUCCACUCUCAAGCCUAUUCACUUGACGCGGUCGAGGCGGGUUCUUUCAGACCCGUGUCAGUCACGUCACCGAGCACGACGCCAGCUCUACUUCAACCCAAUUGGUUGGUAGGGCUUGAUCAAGCCGCAGAUUUCCGUCAUCCUGUAGUCGGUACCUCUGAAGAUCGUCCAACAUAUUCACACCAUCGUGCACGUCCCGAACUCGUACAACUCGCCGAAUCUCCAUGCUGGACUGCUCUGCCACCUGCGAUCCAGCAUGCGACUCCAACGCGAGGAACGAUCACCUAUUGCCGGGCGGAACAAGCAAUGGCUACUCAAGUCAAUUCAUGGAAUCUAGCCUCGUUCUCAAAUGGCCUGGCUUAG